UCUCUCUCUCUCUCUCUCUCUCUGGGACCCAAACUUGUUUCAGGAAAAAGCGCCUGAACAUAUUUUCUCUCUGAAGAAACAGGACGGCCGUGUCCGUGCCAAAGGAGAAGGCGUAAACUUCCUCCAAACAUUUCCUCCGCCAUCUCCGCUUUCGAGCAUUUUGUGGAAUCGUUUGUAGCGAGAGGAGAUUUUUUUAUUAUCUGGUUUUUCCACCUCCGACACCACCUGGUUGUUUCUCUUUUAACACGGACUCCUACUUCCUUUCCUCAAACAUCUGAAUUGUGCGGACAUGGACUGGGGAACAGAUCUGUGGGACCAGUAUGAUCACAUCGACAAGCACACGCAGUCGGGCCUGGACCUGGUGGAGCGCUACAUAAAGUUUGUGAAGGAACGGACAGAAAUAGAGCAGAGCUACGCCAAACAACUCAGGAAUCUAUCAAAGAAAUAUGCCAAACGAGGGGGCAAAGAAGAGCAGGACUGCAAAUUCAGCAAUCACGCCUCCCUCCAGGAGAUCCUGAACGAGCUGAACGAUUACGCCGGCCAGCGAGAGCUCAUCGCUGAAAACAUGAUGACCGGCAUCUGUGUGGACCUCACCAAGUACCUCCAGGAUCUCAAACAGGAGCGCAAAACACACCUGGCUGAUGCCAAGAAGGCCCAGCAGAAUUUAGAGAUCAGCUUUAAACAACUAGAAAGUACAAAGAAGCGCUUUGCCAAGGAGUGGGCAGAGACUGAGAAAGCCACUCAACAAGCUGAGAAAACGGAGAACGACAUCAACGCCACCAGGCUGGAUGUUGAAAAAGCCAAGACACAUGCCCAUGGCCGCAUACACACGGCGGAGGAGUGCAGGAACGACUAUGCUGCACAGCUCCAGAAAUACAACAAGGAACAAAACUUCUUCUACUACACGGAGAUACCGCAGAUCUUCAAUAAAAUGCAGGACAUGGAUGAGCUGAGGAUUCGGCGGAUGGCGGAGGGAUACUGCCAGUUUGCAGACAUCGAGAAGAAAGUGCAGCCCAUCAUCUCAAAGUGUUUAGAAGGGAUUUCCACCGCAGGAGGGAAAAUUAAUGAAAAACAGGACUCGAUGCUGUUCAUAGAGCAGCACAAAUCUGGUUUCGAGCGACCUGCAGAUGUUGAGUUUGAAGACUACACCCAGGGAAUCAAAUCAGCCACCUCCGAGUCCAGCCUCAACCCUCCUAAAGUGCGCGCCAAGCUCUGGCCUUUCAGCAAGAAGACCAAGAUAUCGCAAGCUGAAAAGCACAUGCCACCUCUUGCAGAAGACUUCUCUCACCUUCCCCCGGAGCAGAGGAAGAAGAGGCUGCAGUCGAAGAUUGACGAAAUCUCUAAAGAGCUGCAAAAGGCGCUGGACCAAAGUGAGGCACUGGAGAAGAUGAAGGGUGUGUACGAGCAGAAUCCGCAGAUGGGAGACUCCUCCAGUCUGGAGCCUCAGAUCUCAGAAACGUCUCAAAACAUCGGCCGCCUGAGGGGGGAGCUCGCCAAAUACGAGACGUGGCUGUCAGAAGCAGUGGGAGGAGAGGAGUCUUCCAACGCCAUCAACAAUAAUACUCAACACACUGGUGUAGCAGCUGAACAGCCUCAGAAUAUCUACCUAGAGUUUGAUGACGAGUUUGAUGACGUAGAAACUCCUGUUGGCCAGUGCAUGGCCCUGUACACUUUUCAAGGCAACAGCGAAGGCACCAUUUCCAUUACCGAGGGUGAGAUGUUGAGUGUAAUGGAGGAGGAUAAAGGAGACGGAUGGAUGCGAGUACUUAGAGCCGGUGGAGAAGAGGGCUAUAUUCCUUCAUCCUAUGUGAAAUAGCCCCAUAACACACACACACACACACACACACACACACACACACACACACACACACACACACACACACACACACACACACACACACACACACACACACACACACACACCCACACUUAGAGCUUUAGAUGAAAAUCAAGAUCAGAGCCAGAGGUGAAUACAAAGUCAUCCAUGAUAAUUGGAGGUUUUCUCUACAUCUUUUAUCUCAGCCGGUGACGUGUCGUGAUUAGGAAGCUUGUUAUCGAGGCUGAUUGCAAUAUAAUAAAGUCCAUGUCUCUACUCGCUGCUGCAGGGGAGGCCGUCUCUAAACUCAGACCGUCUGAUCUUUAUAGUCUUCAGCUCUUUUAAAUCCAAACUUUUGAAUGUAUAGCUGAACAUUUUGUCACAGCGUUAAGUGAUAACUCUUGUAACAUAUUCAGAAUCAUAGUAGCAUGACGCUACUUUUCUUUAUGGUGAUAUAUCCAUUCACUUGACUUUCCCACUGCCAUCUCUAAUAACCUGCUGAGCAUUUUUCUUUUUGUAACACCGGCCCUCUGCUUAAACCUCUCUCCUGACAGGAUAAUGUGAGCUUUUCUUUGUAUCUUUUUGAUGUUUUAUGACUAAUAACUGGACGAAAACCACUACUCUAUAGGGAGUGAACACAAUAAGGUCUGUCCCAGUAAAGGAUAGGUUCACUUUAAUGCCUUUCCUAAAACAUUAGUCAGGUGCCCAUAUGAACACUGACAUAGGUGUUGCUUGCUGCAAUCAUUCCCACUUGUUCAUUCUGCCCUCUUCCUAAUAUGCUUUUGUCCCCCAGGAAAUGGGGACAAAAUCCCUGUUGAAGUUAUUUUUUAAAUGUAUACUGUAUGUUGCUUUCUGUAGUCUGUUAUAUAGGUCUGUGUGCGUGUAAAUGUUCUGCAGGGGCUAAAAUCCCAAAUGAAAAAAUCCCCCAUUUGACUCCUUGUUUACUUCCGUAACAUACUACGUACCACUCACACUUCCAUUGGCUACAUAGAAGGGACAUCUCUAAGCAGUUGACCAAUCACAACAGAGCCCAACCAGCUAACCAAUCAGAGCAGACUGGGCUCUGGUUUCAGACAGAGGGUGAAAAGAGGUGCUGCAGUUGCAUUAAAGCAAGGAAACAUGUCACAGAAGAGGUAUGAACAUGUGUAAUGUAAUAGGGCCCCUUCAAUCUAAUCAAGUAGGUACAAUCCAAAGUUUCAAAGUUUUUAAUCAACCAUUUAUUGUUACUAUCCCUCAACUGCAUCUCAGCAGGAGAAAUUAUUUCAUAGAGGAAUUUAAUACUAAAAAUACUUAUAUUUUGGAAGAAACCCUCUUGAUUUGAGUAAAUCAGGUCUCAUACUGCCUUAUAUAAGCAUAUUAUUAUACAUAUUAAUACAAGAAAUAAUAUAAACAAGAACACAUUACAUCAAGCAAAAACUGCUUCAAUAAACAGUUCAUAUCUCCAUAUGAUGUUACAAUUUCUUUACUAAAGAGAGACUUGCAAGGAAACUAAAGCACAGUGGCAUUAAACAUGUUGGAGUAAAAAUACAGCAUUUACCUGCAUUCACAAAUACUUGGUGAAAAGUGUGCUGCGUUUGAGGUCGCUGCUUCAGAGAUCAAUACAUAGCAUGGAAAUACAAAUCUAAAGUGGAGACAUAUCAAUUAAGUCCCUGUCACGGAAAUUGCAGAGCGAGUUUUCAAUUCUGGUCUUCAACUGUUUCUACUUUGACAUCUUUACUCCCCUCGUAUUUAUAUACUGGUUUUUAAACUGUCAAAACCACUUGUCAUAUAUUGAGCCUUCAGAUGAUCCCUCUCAAACAAUGGACAUGUUUAAAACCUUUGACAUUAUUCUGAAUUGUAAUCCAAUUGACUUGUUAAAUCACAUUUCUGAAGAAUUAAUGACACAAGAUUGGGUUACAAAGAAAGGCAAUGAGAGCUUCUGUGCCUUAUACAGUCAAUUAACUAGUUAAAAAUACUCUUACUUCUUCUCGAUUAUUGAAAAAUCAAGAAUUUAUGACUAUACAAAUAUUAUUUAUAUCAAAAGUUGAACUGCCUAUCUACUUUAUUCAAGUUCAUUUUGAGGUUUCAAGCCAUAUCACAAUAAUUUGUCCAUAGUUUGUACACUUAAACUUUUGAUUUAAGCGCAGAGAAACUGGAUACAUCAGACGUCUAGUGUCAGACCCUGCAGGAACAUCACUCUGCACAGCGAAUCUGAAUCUGUCAUAUUCAGAAAUAAGCAAAACACUCGAGAGGGGGACUCUAAAAAUCUCCCUCUCAUUGAGCCACAUGUUUACCCAUCUCUUUCUCUGCCACUCUGUCCUGCACUAGUAGACUUUUUCAACAUUUAAGGGGUAUUAUUGUAUGAUACAAUUCUAAAAGGAAAAUGUAUGAAUUUACAUGUUUUGUCUGAGUCAUAAAGUGUAAAGAAAAA